UAAAGGAAAACACAGUGCCGCUGAUUACUGGAGCCAAUUCAACUGAUAACCAGGAGUAGGAAUAUUCAGAUCUCAGCACAGACUCAGCUCAUGCGGAAGCGGGGAAACAGAACUUUGCUGCUUUGAAAGAGCACGGAAAUCUUCCAGUUUUGCAAUCGUGAAUUGUUUCGUUAUCAGUGGUGAGUCUUUACAGCAUUUUUUCAGAAAGUAACAGUUUUAGCCAACUCAGGGCGAAGUCUCUACUCGAAAUAAAACGAAUGUAAAAUAUUCCCAGUUUUAUGGUACCGACCUCAGUUUGAAAUAAGCGAUAAAGUUGACGGGUUUAAAAAUGAUGACAGCUUGAUUUCAACAUGUCUUCGAAUAUUCACUGACUUUCAUUUAGUCUUGGACAGGAAGGAAGAGAAUAAUGCAACUUUCACCCAGUCAGGACCAAUUCCCCAAAAACUGUUCUCAAAUAGACUCCUUGAGGAAUCGGAGCGCGUUUCUCCAAACGAUGUAUCAGUACUUCUGCAACAAAACCUCCGGAGAGCAGAACUUCAGCGGGAGUAACACCAUCCCGGAGGACUUUUUCAUGAGCAAGGAGGAGCUGCUGCUGAAGUAUCUGGGUCCCCGGCGGUCGUCCUUCUUUGUGCCGGUCUGUUUGAUUUACCUUUGCAUCUUUGUGGUCGGCGCAUUCGGAAACGCUCUGACCUGCAUCGUUAUCGCGAAGCACAAAGUGAUGAGAACCCCUACCAAUUAUUACUUAUUCAGCCUCGCCAUUUCCGAUCUCUUGGUGCUGAUUCUGGGCAUGCCUUUGGAACUGUAUGAAAUGUGGAGGAAUUACCCGUUUCUCCUCGGUCAAGCCGGGUGUCACUUUAAAACCUUCCUUUUUGAGAUGGUUUGCUUUGCUUCAAUACUAAAUGUGACGGCCCUCAGUGUGGAGAGAUACAUCGCCGUCGUGCAUCCCCUUAAGGCAAAGUAUGUGGUGACCAGAACUCACGCCAAACGGGUCAUCUUAACGGUGUGGCUGAUCUCCCUCUGCUCAGCCAUUCCCAACACCAGCCUCCACGGCAUCUAUUAUCUGAGUACCCCGUUUGGGGAACACAUUGAGGAGUCCGCUAUCUGUAUGCUGCUAAAGCCAGCCUGGAUGUACAAUCUCGUCAUUCAGAUCACCACUGUGCUGUUUUUCGUCGUCCCUAUGAUCAUCAUUAGUAUGCUGUACUUACUGAUUGGCUUGCAACUGAAACGGGAAAAGGUCAUCUCCGACUUCAAGCCGGGAUUGGGAAACGCCAAUUAUCAAACCGCCCGCAUGGAGCAAGAGAAGGUUAGGAGGUGCCAAGUUACCAAAAUGCUCAUUGUUCUGGUGAUUGUGUUUGGAAUCUGCUGGGCACCUUUUCACACAGAUCGAUUAAUGUGGAUUCUGAUAAACAACUGGACUGAAGAACUGCACAGGUUGUAUCAGUGUGUACAUAUUGUCUCCGGUGUAUUCUUCUAUUUAAGCUCCGCAGUCAAUCCCAUUCUCUACAACCUCAUGUCAACUCGAUUCAGAGAGAUGUUUAAAGAAGUGAUGUGUAGCCGAAAAUUCCAAGGUUCCAAACCUGGAUGGUAUUCUGCCAGUGUAACCCGCAUGACAACCCGCAGCACUGCGUUGGAAUCUAGUCCCUGUAAUGGGAUACCUUUGUCUGAUAUUGAAGACUAUGAAUAA